CAGGAACCGCCCGGGCUGCGAGCGCUGAAGAAGAUGGAUCUGAACGAAGAUGAGGACGUGCUGGCUAUGCUGAAGGGCUCUCAGUUCUGCAAGAUCCGCUCUCUCAAAUGGCGGAAGGCCCGGUUCUAUCGGCUGCAGGAAGAUGGUCUCACUGUGUGGUUCCAGCGCCGCUUCCGACACCCCAAGUCGCAUCACGUCUUCUUCUUGCAGCACAUCGAGGCGGUCCGCCAGGGCCACGAGUCCGAGGGGCUGCGGCGCUACGGCAGCGCCUUCCCCGCCGGCCGCUGCCUCACCAUCACGUUCAAGGACAGGCGCAAGAACCUGGACCUGGCCGCGGCCACUGAGGAGGAGGCGCAGCGCUGGGUGCGGGGCCUGGCCAAGCUCCGGGCGCGCCUGGACGCCAUGAGCCAGAGGGAAAAACUUGACCACUGGAUCCAUGGCUACCUGCACCAGGCAGAUUCAGACCAUGACAGCAAGAUGAGUUUCAAGGAGAUCAAACACCUCCUUCAGAUGGUGAAUGUGACGAUGGACGACAUGUACGCACAACAACUCUUUGAGGAGUGUGACAGCUCUAAGAAUGAGCGGCUCGAGGAUGCUGAGAUUGAGGAGUUCCUACGGAGGCUACUGAAACGGCCUGAGCUGGAGGAAAUCUUCUACCGCUACUCUGGGGAAGACCGGGUCCUGAGUGCAGCUGAGCUGCUGGAGUUCCUCCGUGACCAAGGGGAGGAAGAAGCCACGAUGGCCCAGGCUCAGCACCUGAUCCAUACCUAUGAGCUCAAUGAGAAAGCCAAACAGCAUGACCUGAUGAUGCUGGAUGGUUUCAUGAUGUACUUGCUGUCGCCUGAGGGUGCUGUCCUGGACCCAGCUCACAAAGAUGUAUACCAAGACAUGAAUCAGCCCCUUUCCCAUUACUUUAUCUCCUCUUCCCAUAAUACUUACCUGACCCAGUCUCAAAUCGGUGGUGCCAGCAGCACAGAGGCCUACAUCAGGGCGUUUGCCCAGGGUUGUAGGUGUGUGGAACUGGACUGCUGGGAGGGCCCAGAUGGAGAACCUGUGGUUUAUCAUGGGCACACAUUCACCUCUAAGAUCCUCUUUCGGGAUGUCAUCCAAGUCGUGCGGGACCAUGCUUUCUCGCUAUCCCCGUACCCAGUCAUCUUAUCCCUGGAGAAUCACUGUGGGUUACAGCAACAAUCCACCAUGGCUCACUACCUUCGGACCAUCCUGGGGAACAUGCUGGUGACAGAAACCCUGGAUGGGAAAAUUCCCAAAGAGCUGCCCUCUCCAGAGCAGCUGAAGGGCAAGGUUCUUAUAAAGGGCAAGAAACAAAUUGUCCAUCAGAAAGAAGAGCCUCGGCUUUUUGGGGAUAAAGAAGAGGAACAAGAUAAGGAAUCUGAGGAGGAGGAGAGAGAGGCAGGGUCUGGAGACUGCAGAAAACAGAUCUCCUCCGGGCUCUCAGACCUGGUUAUUUACUGCCGUGCCUCCCACUUAAAUGCCCCAAACCUGCCUGGGAUACAAGCCCAACCUUGCCAGGUCACUUCUCUCAAUGAACGAAAAGCCAGGAAGUUCGUCAAGGAAGCUGGAAACAACUUUAUUCGAUGUAACACUUACCAGCUGUGUAGAGUCUACCCCUUGGGGCUCAGGAUGACCUCUGCCAAUUAUAACCCCCAGGAGAUGUGGAAUGGGGGCUGCCAGCUGGUGGCCUUGAACUUCCAGACUCCUGGGUAUGAGAUGGACCUGAAUAAUGGCCGCUUCCUGGUGAAUGGGAAAUGUGGCUAUGUCCUGAAACCUGAUUUUCUGAGGCAUGGAGACACAACCUUUGACCCUGAACACCCUGGGCCCCCCCAGACCACCCUCAUCAUCAAGGUGCUGACAGCUCAGCAAUUGCCCAAAUUAAACAGAGAGAAGCCAACCUCGAUUGUAGACCCACUGGUUCGAGUGGAGAUCUAUGGGGUACCCAGGGACUGUGCCCAGAAAGAGACUGACUAUGUGCUCAACAAUGGUUUUAAUCCUUAUUGGGGGCAGACUCUGAAGUUCACCCUCGGGGCCCCAGAGCUGGCCUUGGUUCGAUUUGUAGUGGAAGACUAUGAUGCUACUUCCUUCAAUGACUUCGUGGGCCAGUUUACUUUGCCCUUGUACAGCCUAAAGCAAGGAUACCGACACAUCCACCUAUUCUCCAAGGAUGGGGCUUCUCUCUCCCCAGCCACACUCUUUGUCCACAUUCAAAUUAAAAACCAGUGAGGGAGGGAUAGGAGCUGGAUUCCCUCAUCGCCAGCUUAUGCUCAGAACCUGCCUUCCUGCUUGGAACCCAGAGGCAUGGUUUUGGGGAAGAGGAUGUUUUGUCCAUCCUUCUCUAGGAAUGCCUGUGGAAUUGCCAUCAUUCCCUCGAAGCCCAGGAGGCUUGGGACCUCUUCCUCCUCUGCAAUUUUGGGUCCCACUCAGAUCUGUGGAUAUGAGGCUGGGUACCUGUGUCCUUGGGGCUCAUCCCAUUAUAAGCUUGUCCUCUCUGGGCUUUGGUCAUAGACUAGAUGCCCAGAGUUCUGCUGUGCUCUGGAAAAUGGGUGGUCUCUCUCUGAAAAGGCGCUGAUUUGGCCUGAGUGAGUUUUGGCCAUCUUGGAUAUUUUGCCAACCUUGGGGCUAAAGCCUAUGUUUCCUCUUCACUCUCUUGGCGCCACAAUCUUGGACAACCUUAGAGCAUCAACACCCACUCUGACCCCAUGGGCUCUCCUGUCCUUGGCAAGGAUCUACGUCCCGUUCUCCUUUAGGAAAAGUAGAGGCCAGGAGACAGUGGAGACCCUGAAGCAGUUUUUGGUUUUUCUGGGGAGUCCUCAGGGGCCAGAAAUAUUACAGAAUAAUCUUAUAGAGAAUAAAGAGUUUAUUUUAACA